AUGGCUGUCACCAUUGAAGAGCUUGACGCGACCGUCAAGACUUUCUAUGAAGGUCGCGGUGAGGCUCAAAAAGCCGCUCAGGCUGCAAUGAACCAGUUCAAGGAGGAUCCAGAUGCGUGGUUAUUAGUCGAUAAGAUAUUACAAGAGUCUACAUAUCCGCAAGCCAAAUAUUUGGGUUUGCAAGUACUAGAUCAUGUUAUCAUGACAAGGUGGAAGGUUCUGCCCAGAGAGCAGUGCCAAGGUAUCCGGAAUUUCGUCGUUGGUUUCAUCAUACAAUGUUCCGGAUCGGAAGAGUCUCUGAGGUCUCAAAGAGUCCUCUUGAACAAGUUGAACCUCGUCCUCGUUUCCAUUUUGAAGCAAGAAUGGCCUCACAACUGGCCUACUUUCAUCAACGAGAUCAUAUCCUCCUGUCACACAAGUUUAUCGAUAUGCGAGAAUAAUAUGUCGAUUUUGAGGUUGUUAUCGGAGGAGGUUUUCGAUUACUCGGCGGACCAGAUGACCUCUGCAAAGACAAAGAACUUGAAGACAACGAUGUGUGCAGAGUUUUCGUCCAUCUUCCAACUUUGUAACGAAGUUUUGAACAGCGCCACUCAAGAAAGUUUGAUUAAGGCUACCCUCGAAACCCUUCUUCGAUUCUUUAACUGGAUUCCGCUUGGUUAUAUCUUCGAGACGACGGUUAUCGACACUCUUAGAGAACGAUUUUUGGAGAUGCCCGAAUUCAGAAAUGUAACAUUGAAGUGUUUGACAGAGAUUGGAGGACUCCAAACUGGUACCGGGAACAACUACGACGAGAAAUUGGUUCAAAUGUUCACCGAAGUUUUGACCACAAUUUCCAAGAUUAUUCCUUUGACUCUUGACCUCAAGAGUACUUACAAUUCGAGUAACUCCAAGGACCAAGAGUUUAUCCAGAAUUUGGCCCUUUUCUUGUGCAACUUCUUCUCCUCCCAUCUUACUCUUAUUGAGAAUCUACCGAACCGUGAUUUCCUCACACAUGGCCACUUCUACCUUAUUCGAAUUUCCCAAAUCGAGGACCGAGAGAUCUUCAAGAUUUGCUUAGAAUACUGGACUAGACUGGUUCAAGAACUGUACGAUGAACAGCAGUCGCUACCCAUUGGAGAUGUCAACCCUCUUGUCGGAAUGGGCGUCGGCGGUAUUUCGAGUCCUGGUGCACCCAACCCAAGUUUACUCGCCAAUUAUCCUCUCAGAAAGCACAAGUACAAUGAAGUACUUUCGAAUUUGCGAGUGGUUAUGAUUGAAAAAAUGGUCAGACCAGAGGAAGUUUUGAUUGUUGAGAACGAUGAGGGUGAGAUCGUUCGUGAAUUCGUCAAGGAGAGCGACACCAUUCAGUUGUACAAGACAACCAGAGAGUGCUUGGUUUAUCUUACCCAUUUGGAUGUAGUCGAUACCGAGAACAUCAUGACUGAGAAGCUAUCUCGACAAGUCGAUGGUACCGAAUGGUCAUGGGCCAACUGUAACACAUUGUGCUGGGCUAUCGGCUCCAUCUCCCUUGCAAUGAACGAAGAGACUGAGAAACGUUUCUUGGUUACUGUCAUCAAGGAUCUGCUCGGGUUGACUGAAAUGAAACGAGGAAAGGACAACAAAGCCGUGGUUGCCAGUAACAUCAUGUAUAUUGUUGGUCAAUAUCCACGUUUCUUGAAAGCUCACUGGAAAUUCUUGAAGACCGUCGUCAACAAGUUAUUCGAGUUCAUGCACGAGUCCCACGAGGGUGUUCAGGACAUGGCUUGUGAUACGUUCAUCAAGAUUGCCAGACAGUGCAAGCGUCAUUUCGUCGCUUUACAACCUGGCGAGUCUGAACCAUUCAUCGAGGAAAUUGUCAGAACCAUGCGCAAGAUUACUUGCGAUCUAUCUCCACAGCAAGUACACACUUUCUACGAGGCAUGUGGUUACAUGAUUGCAGCUCAACCACAAAAGAAUUCGCAAGAAAGACUCAUUGCUGAAUUGAUGUCAUAUCCAAACGCUGCUUGGGAUGCCAUCAUUGCCCAAGCAAACACUAACCCUCAAAUUCUUCAAGACGCAGAUACCAUUAAGGUCAUUGGUAAUGUCAUGAAGACCAACGUGUCUGCUUGUUCCUCUAUCGGAAGCUACUUCUAUCCUCAAAUUGGACGCAUUUACCUCGAUAUGUUGUCUAUGUACAAGGCUACCAGCACGAUGAUUUCUGAAGCUGUUGCAAGCGAGGGUGAAAUUGCCACCAAGAUGCCUAGAGUUCGAGGUCUAAGAACUAUUAAAAAGGAGAUUCUCAAGCUCAUUGAAACGUUCGUUGAGAAAUCCGAUGAUCUUGAGAUGGUUCGAACAAACAUUGUUCCAAACCUUCUUGAAGCAGUCCUGAUCGAUUACAACCGCAAUGUUCCAGGUGCACGUGAUGCUGAAGUUCUCAAGGUCAUGUCUGUUAUCAUAACCAAACUUUCUGGCCUCAUGGAAGAUCAAGUGCCAAACAUUAUGUCAAACGUGUUCGAAUGCACUUUGGAAAUGAUCAACAAGGAUUUCUCGGAAUUCCCAGAACAUCGUGUUGAAUUUUUCAGCCUUCUCCGAGCAAUCAACCUUCACUGCUUCCCAGCUCUCCUCAAACUCGAUAACCGACAAUUCAAGUUUGUCAUCGAUUCUUGCAUGUGGGCUAGUAAGCACGACAAUAGAGAGGUUGAACAUGCCGGCCUCAACAUGUGCUUGGAGUUGAUCACCAAUAUUGCAGAAACCGACCCCGCCACUUCAAGUGCUUUCUUCCAGCAAUUCUUCGUUCCGAUUCUCCAGGAUGUCUUCUUUGUACUCACCGAUACCGAUCACAAAGCUGGAUUCAAGUCACAAGCAACUUUGUUGGCAAGAAUGUUCUACUUCGUUCACCCAGCUGACGGUACCGCGCCAAAGAUUCAAAUGCCUAUCUAUGUUCAGGAUCAAGCACCACCAAACACGAGUAACAAAGACUUCCUUACAAACUUUGUGGCUAGUUUGUUGCAGAAUGCCUUCCCUAACCUUCAAGCACCUCAAAUUCAAGCCUUUGUUGAGGGACUCUUCACUCUAAAUCAUUCUGCAGAUCGAUUCAGACUUAACUUACGGGAUUUCUUAAUCUCGUUGAAGGAGUUCGCUGGAGACAAUACCGAGCUUUACGCUGAAGAAAAAGAGACGGCUGAAAGAGACGCUAAGGCCGCAGAGCGCGAGCGUCUAUCCAAGGUCGGAGGACUCAUUAAGCCUGCAGAACUUGACGAUGAAGAUGAGUUGUGA